GUACAUUCUGUUUUUGGCUGUCGUUCCCCACUCUGAACAGCUGCUGUCGCGAUGGCGAGGAAGCUUAGAGCGGCUGCACAGGCAGCACAACAGUCGCUGAGGAAUGCUCCUCCUCCGCUCCCCGAUGCCUCCGAUGAGGAAAUGGCUGAAGCGCCUCCGUCGCGUGGGUCUUCACCCGCCAUAGAAGAUCCAGGCGAUGCGUCCGACAAGGAUCCCGAUGUUGUCCCCGAACCCGACCCGCCACAGGAAGACGAGCCUGCCGCCGUCACCAAUCCUCCAUCGCGCGGCGACACUCCAACCCGUGGCCGUGUGUCCGCCAUUCCGCGAAAACGACGUAUCGGCCGUCCCCCGAAGAACCGCCCCCCAGACUGGGAUCUGCCUGACGAUGGUACGGCGCCGCCGCCGAUUCAUGUAAGCACGCCUGUGAAGAGGAGACGUGGGCGUCCUGCAGCUAGUGGCGGACGAUGGGCUCGGAAUCGGGGACCGUCGCAUGUAACCCAGGUGCCGAUUGAUAAGGAAGGGAAUAUGAUGGACGUCAUUGAUGAUGAAGUGGCCCUGCCCGAUGACCCUGAGGGCGAGACUAAAGUCGACAAGAACGGCGUUCUGAAGGGCGACCGAGAGUAUCGAGUUCGUACGUUCACGAUCCUUAAUCGUGGUGAGAAGCAUUACAUGUUGUCGACAGAGCCAGCUCGAUGUAUCGGGUUUAGAGACUCCUACCUGUUCUUUCAGAAACACAAGCUUCUUUACAAGAUUAUCAUUGAUGACGACGCUAAGCGUGAUCUCAUUGAAAGAGAGAUCAUACCUCAUUCGUACAAGGGUCGAGCCAUUGGUGUGGUAACCGCUCGGUCCGUGUUUAGGGAAUUUGGCGCCAAAAUCAUCGUUGGUGGCAGGAAGGUCAUUGAUGACUACAACGUCAAGGCAGCCAGGGAACGGGGUGAUGUCGAGGGUGAACUCGCAGUACCGGAGGAUAAGCUUCCCCCUCCGGGAGAGCCAUAUAACAAGAAUCAGUAUGUGGCGUGGCACGGAGCUAGUAGCGUCUAUCACACACAGGCACCAUCGGUUCCUCUGCCUACUGGCAAGGCCGUCGAUUCUAAGAAGCGGAAAGUGACUGUCACCGGUGAUAACUGGAUGCUGGAACAUGCCCGAGAAGCCAGCCAUUACAAUUCACUCCUUUCGAACGUACGUCGCGAAAACCUUGGGGGUGUAUACGAUAUCCAUACGAAUGCUAUGCAGUACCCCAAAAUCAUGCAGCCCUCACACGCUCGUUGGGAGCGUCUACCACCUCCGGAUCCUCGAGUAGCGACCAAGUUGACCAAGGAGAUGUCGACAUUGAGUCUCACCAAUGGAGUUGAAGAGGAGGAACCAACUACUGAAAGUGACGCGCAAGAGGAGAAGACCAACGAGGAAACGAGCCACGACUCUAUUUUCUCAACGGUUCCCUACGCCUUUUCUCGUCGUUUCGCCAUCCACGAUGUUCAUUACGAAACCCCACCAUAUUCCAAUAUGGGCAUUCCUGGGCCUGACGGCGACGUGCAUGAUCUCGGCUCAAACGGUAUCAUCAGCACUGCCAACCUAUCAUAUCCCGAAUUUGUGAGUCCCGAGAUCCUGGCAGAGCUACCCGCGGACUGCAAGGAGGCUCUUGUCGAGGCCGCUGCGCGCGAGUGGGAAUGGAAGUCCAAAUGGCACAGUGAGGUGGGCGACGGCGCUCGCACAACUCCGCUCAAGAGUUAUGCCUGGUUUCCUUGA